AGGGGCGCGGCGCCUUGCCAUGCCUUGCCUUGCCGAGUCGCCUCCCCCUGCGCUGCGCAGUGCGCAAAGGCACUCGCGCUCAUCGGCGACUCCUCCCAAAAGAGAAAAGCGUGCGCGGAAAACCUCAUCACUCCCGCGCGCCCGCGUCCCGUGGCGUGGACCUUUUAAGCCCCGCGCUCGAUUCCCCACCCCACCUGCGACUGCGAGCUCGCCCCACUCGGCCACUCCCCUCGCUUCCCCUGAUCGAGUUCGCUCCCCACUUGCUGCCGUUUCCCCGGCCAAUUUCAGCGCCGAAUCCUUCUUUUUUUCCCCAGUUCCGGCGGCGCGGCAGGGCGGGGUUUCGCCGUUCUUGGCUGCCGCGCCAUCGUUCUUGCCCCAAGUUCUGGGCUGUGCUUCGCCUUCGCCGCCGGUAAUUCUGGCGGUUUCGUGAUCCGUCCCCGCGCAGCGGCCGCGGUUGCAGAAACGGAAAGGCCUUGCCUUUUCCGCUUGCCGCAACGGGUGCUCCGUGCUUCCGUCCGCUCGAUAAUCCCUGCGACCCUGCCUGCGUCUCCGCCCCGCCCGACCACGCCUCGCGAUCACGAGGAAGCGUCGCCGUCGACGGACGACGGGGGAGCGCGGUCACCGACUUCCAGGUCAAUCCCUCUCCCGUCCCGGGCCGCCCAGCGUGUUCUUGACAAGUGCCGUGUUCGACCCGUGACGCCUUUGGUUGGCGGGCGGAAGGGGUCAGUCAAGCUUUCUGUUCUUGAUUAUCUACACCGCGGCCGCCGGCUCUCAGCCCAAUGCCACCGGUGUGAGGAACAAGGACCUCGGGAGCGGAGAAGGAGCCGACUCGUGAAGAUCACGCGCCGAUCUUAGUCCGUGUCCGUGCGCGAGCUCGGCGUAUGGUUGGUGGCGCUUGGUGGUGCUCGUAGUGCGCCGCCGCCGCCAUGGGCUGCGUCGCGUCCAAGAACGCCGUCUCGGUCACGCCGGCGGCCGACUCGUCCGGCGGGCUCAGGGACCGGAGCCAGCCGCGCGCUCAGGAGUCUGCUGCUCCGGUGCCGUUGCCGGUGCCCGUGUCUUCUUCCCUGCGGAGCACGUCGUCCGCGGCGAGGAGGUCGGAGAAGGUCAAGGAGGAAGCGGAGGAGCCAGGAAAGGCCGCCGUCGUCGUGCCGGCCGCGUCCCGGAGCUUCCGGCUGCGGAGCCUGCGGAAGAGCCUUGAGGGUGAGCAGGUGGCUGCCGGGUGGCCGCCGUGGCUCAGCGCCGUUGCCGGGGAGGCCAUCCAGGGGUGGAUCCCGCUCAAGGCUGACUCCUUCGAGAAGCUGGAGAAGGUUGGGCAAGGCACAUACAGCAGUGUAUUCAGGGCAAGGGACCUUGAGACUGGAAAGAUCGUUGCCUUGAAGAAGGUUCGAUUUGACAAUUUUGAGCCAGAGAGUGUUAGAUUCAUGGCAAGGGAGAUACAGAUAUUAAGAAGACUUGAUCAUCUAAAUGUCAUGAAACUGGAAGGCUUGAUUACUUCCCGGUUGUCAUGCAGCCUUUAUCUAGUAUUUGAAUACAUGGAGCAUGAUCUUGCUGGACUUUGCUCCUCCCCGGACAUCAAGUUCACUGAAGCACAGCUCAAGUGCUACAUGAACCAAUUACUGUCAGGACUGGAGCAUUGCCAUUCGCGCCGUGUGGUUCAUCGUGAUAUCAAGGGUGCUAAUCUCCUCGUGAAUAAUGAAGGGGUUCUAAAGAUAGCUGAUUUUGGUCUUGCAAAUUUCUUUGAUCCAAGCAAAAACCAUCCUUUGACCAGCCGUGUUGUUACUCUGUGGUACCGACCACCUGAACUGCUACUAGGUUCAACUCACUAUGAUGCAGCUGUUGAUUUGUGGAGUGUCGGGUGUGUAUUUGCCGAGAUGUAUCGUGGGAAACCUAUCCUGCAGGGAAGAACCGAGGUGGAACAACUACACAAGAUUUUUAAGCUAUGUGGUUCUCCUGCUGAUGAUUAUUGGAAGAAGUCGAAGUUGCCUCAUGCAACAAUAUUUAAACCGCACCAUCCAUAUCCUAGUACCCUAGGAGAAGUUUUUAAAGUUGUACCAGAAAAUGCAUUGAGUUUACUAGAAACUCUUCUGUCAGUGGAGCCCUACAAGCGUGGUACUGCAUCAGGUGCUCUUUCUUCUGAGUUUUUCAGGACAAAACCUUAUGCGUGUGAACCUUCGAGCUUGCCUAAGUAUGCACCCAACAAGGAGAUGGAUGCAAAGUUACGAGAGGAUGCACUCAGAAGAAAAGCUAGUAGCAGAGGGCACGGGACAGAAGCAUCCAAGAAGUCUUCAAGGCUCAGCAGAGCAGCAAGAGAACCUAUUGCAGUCCCUAAGCAGAUAAUAAGUAGCACAGAGGAAUCCAAAACUAAUGUGAAUGCAACCAAAGAUGGUACAAUACAGGAUCGUACCAAACUAAAUGGUGAUGCUAGGCUAUUUGCGGACAUACAACCAGUCUCAGCGGCUCAAGUUAAAGAGAGUGCUCGUCAUGUUAAGAAUGAAUCACGAGAGGAGAUACCUUUCUCAGGGCCAUUGAGUGUUUCUUCAUCUAGUGGUUUUGCAUGGGCCAAAAGACCACAGGAGGAUCGUUCUUUUGCUAGAUCACGGACCAGAUCUAGCUCAAGAGGCCAGUUUCCCGCUUUGGUCGGUCAGGACUGUAAGACCCAAGCUAAAGAGAAUGACGGCCUUAGGGAGCUGCCAAGCAGAGACAUACACGUAUCAAUAUCACGCGUGAAUUCCAAAGUCCAAGACCGGGAGCCUCAUGAUGCAGCAAAGCGUGCAGUCCUGAAGAAGUGGUCGCAGCUAGAGCGUCCAGAUUCAUUUGAUUCUUGUGACACUUAUCGCUCUCAGAACUUCUCAAACGCUAUGUUUCUUGGGGGUACUCUGUCAUCAAAGAAUAGCUUCAAGGGCGAUCAUGGUCAAGAAGAGAAGGUCGAAUACUCAGGCCCUUUGUUGUCCCAGUCACACAAGGUUGAUGAACUGUUACAGAAGAACGAGCGCCAUAUCCGGCAAGUUGUUCGAACAUCAUGGUUCAGGAGAGGAAGAAAGGUGGACAAGUGAGGAAAAAGCUUGACCGUUUCUUUCCAUGGAAGGGCUUGACCCUUAGAGAAGGGGGAGCAUGUCAUUAGCUUCUGAUGUGCCUCUGCUGCCAGUCUGCGAAGUGUGCAAUUGCUGCUGAUGAUUCCAUUGUUAACUGAAAACGACAUGAACUUUGGUGAUCCCAGCUUACAGCAAAAUUUUAGCUACCUCGCUGCUUCUGCGUGUCAGCGGCGUGUGUUGUAGAUUCCCCGAAGACGCCAAUGCCAUAUCCAUUUUUGUUGUACAAAGAAAUAUUAACGGCUGAUGGGGAAGUGUGGUUGAACGUUGAACAGACAAUUGUGUAGUGGGAAGAACCAAUAAGCAGCACAACAUGGUGCGGUUGUAGUAAAGGUAGAUUCUGAACAAAAUCAAAGAUAAAACCCAAUAACUGUUUGGUGUCAUCUUA